AUGCAGAUCUUCGUCAAGACUCUCACCGGCAAGACCAUCACUCUAGAGGUCGAGUCCAGCGACACCAUCGACAAUGUCAAGUCCAAGAUUCAGGACAAGGAGGGUAUUCCUCCUGACCAGCAGCGCCUGAUUUUCGCGGGUAAACAGCUCGAGGAUGGCCGCACUCUGUCCGACUACAACAUUCAGAAGGAGUCGACUCUCCAUCUCGUCCUCCGUCUCCGUGGUGGCAUGCAAAUCUUCGUCAAGACCCUGACUGGCAAGACCAUCACCCUGGAGGUCGAGUCCAGCGACACCAUCGAUAACGUCAAGUCGAAGAUCCAGGAUAAGGAAGGUAUCCCUCCCGAUCAGCAGCGCCUGAUCUUCGCUGGUAAGCAGCUGGAGGACGGUCGUACCCUGUCCGACUACAACAUCCAGAAGGAAUCCACCCUUCACUUGGUCCUGCGCCUGCGCGGUGGUAUGCAGAUCUUCGUCAAGACCCUGACCGGAAAGACCAUCACCCUGGAGGUGGAAUCCUCCGACACGAUCGACAACGUCAAGUCUAAGAUUCAAGACAAGGAGGGCAUCCCGCCCGACCAGCAGCGUCUGAUCUUCGCCGGCAAGCAGCUUGAAGAUGGCCGCACCCUCUCCGAUUACAACAUCCAGAAAGAGUCUACCCUGCACCUGGUCCUUCGUCUGCGUGGUGGUAUGCAGAUUUUCGUCAAAACCCUCACCGGAAAGACCAUCACAUUGGAAGUAGAAAGCUCGGACACGAUCGACAACGUCAAGUCCAAGAUCCAGGACAAGGAGGGCAUUCCCCCAGACCAGCAGCGUCUCAUCUUCGCUGGUAAGCAGCUGGAAGAUGGUCGCACGCUCUCGGACUACAACAUCCAGAAGGAGAGCACCCUGCACCUCGUCCUCCGUCUCCGUGGCGGAAACUGA